ACCAUCUUGGCACUACGUUUGAAAACAGACCUGCACAAGCCACGUAAAAGUGAGCUUAUUUACUAUAUUGCAAGUGUUUCUAACACAGUGUGUAUGCCAGGCAACAGAAAAGGGUUUGAGGAUGUAGGACAUGUUUUCAGCUCGGCAAGUUUCGAUCGGGAAACCUUGUCGCCACGCACUUAAACAGUUAUUUCCGGAGACUGUCUAUGGAGCAGCACGGACGUGGCUAAGUCAACCGCUAACGUUAAUGUUAGCCGAGGAGGCUAAACUUGGGGAUUGUCUCAGGCACCGCUGGGACUGUCUGGAUAGCUAUGUCCAAUGAGUCGUUUUCUGCAUCAACUAAAGGCAGAGGAAUACACGAAUGCCUUAACCCGUUAGGUGCCUGACAUUUCACACACUGUGAGCCAACAACCUCGGCAAACUGAAGAGGCAACUAGCAACUCAUCAUGGCAAGUGCCUUAGCAGCCAAAAUGGGAUUGAACUCGUUGAGGAGAAAACAAGCCAGGAACUUCAACGUGAGGAUCAGCACAAUGGAAUCGGACAUGGAGUUCAACUGCGAGGUCAAGUGGAAGGGAAAAGACCUUUUCGAUUUGGUGUGCCGGACUCUGGGUCUGAGGGAGACAUGGUUUUUUGGGCUGCAGUACAACAUCAAGGAUACGGUAGCUUGGCUUAAGAUGGACAAGAAGGUCUUGGAUCAGGAGGUACCCAAGGAGGAACCAAUCACUCUUCACUUCCUGGCAAAGUUCUACCCCGAAAACGCUGAGGAGGAGUUAGUGCAAGACAUUACACAGCAUCUCUUCUUCCUACAGGUGAAGAGGAAGAUCCUAGAGGAAGAGAUUCACUGUCCGCCUGAGGCCUCUGUGCUCCUGGCCUCUUAUGCCGUCCAUGCCAAGUACGGGGACUACGACCCCAGCGUUCACAAGCCUGGCUUUUUGGCUCAAGAGGAGCUGCUGCCGAAGAGGGUGAUUAACUUGUAUCAGAUGACGGCAGAAAUGUGGGAGGAGAGGAUCACUGCAUGUUAUGUGGAGCACAGGGGUAGAACAAGGGAUGAAGCUGAGAUGGAAUAUUUAAAAAUAGCUCAGGACCUGGACAUGUAUGGCGUCAAUUACUUUUUAAUCAGGAAUAAAAAGGGAACAGAUCUUCUUCUCGGAGUGGACGCCCUGGGUCUGCACAUCUACGAACCGGACAACAGAUUGACUCCCAAGUGCUCCUUUCCAUGGAACGAGAUCCGUAACAUCUCCUACAGUGACAAGGAGUUCACCAUCAAACCGCUGGACAAGAAAACCAAUGUUUUCAAGUUCAACUCUUCACGACUGAGGGUCAACAAGUUGAUCCUGCAGCUGUGCAUUGGGAACCAUGACUUGUUCAUGCGGCGGCGGCGGGUGGACUCUCUGGAGGUGCAGCAGAUGAAGACCCAGGCGAGAGAGGAGAGGGCCAGAAAACAGGUGGAGAGGCAGCGUUUGGAACGGGAGAAGCAGCUGAGGGAGGAGGCAGAAAGGGCCAGGGACGAGUUGGAGAGGAGGCUGAUUCAGCUGCAGGAUGAGGCCCACAUGGCCAAUGAAGCCCUGCUGCGUUCAGAACAGACGGCGGACCUGCUGGCUGAAAAGGCCCAGAUCGCCGAGGAGGAGGCCAAAUUGCUGGCCCAGAAAGCUGCCGAGGCUGAGACGGAGAUGCAGCGUAUCAAGGUGACGGCCAUCCGCAGCCAGGAGGAGCGCCGGCUCAUGGAGCAGAAGAUGCUGGAGGUGGAGAUGCUAGCCCUCAAGAUGGCUGAGGAGUCGGAGAGGAGGGCCAAAGAGGCAGAGCAGCUGAAACAGGACCUACAGGAAGCCAGGGAGUCGGAGCGCAGGGCGAAGCACAAGCUGCUAGAGAUUACCAGCAAGGCUGUCUAUACGCCCCCAGCGCUGCCGGCUGACAGCAUGCCAGCUGACCUGAGCUUCAGCAGGGAGAAUCUCAGCUUCGACUUCAAAGAUACUGACAUGAAGCGCCUCUCCAUGGAGAUCGAGAAAGAGAAAGUCGAGUACAUGGAGAAAAGCAAGCACCUGCAGGAGCAGCUGAAUGAGCUGAAGACAGAGAUUGAAAGCCUGAAGCUGAAAGAGAGGGAGACUCCACUGGACAUCAUUCACAACCAGAACACUGAGCAGGGGACCAGCAAGCACAGCAACUUUAAGAAGCUAACACUACAGAGCACCAAGUCCAGAGUGGCCUUCUUUGAAGAACUUUAACACUGUUGAAGAACUUUAUAGCUGUGUAUGUUUGAAGGUUGACAAAUGCCAGGAGCCUCUCAUUUCUACAUUCCCGGUCAAUUUAAACGAUUGACUACACUACAAGGCCUUACGCUCCGGGUCCUGGGAACCACUGUGUAACACUACGGCUGAACACAAAGACUCAUGGCCUCGGUCUGCACCAAGGACCUUAUGAAUAAACCAUGCACAUUCACCAAAAAGGAAUGCACAAAGGGAACAUACAUGAAGUUUCUGCGCUUAAUUUGGGAUUUCUGGAAAACAACACUCGGAGUGUGUGUUUACAACGAAUGUGCGUGAGAGUAAUGUAAAAAAAUGUCUGAUGGACAAUGUACCUGUCUUUUCACUGCUCUUGUUCCACUGUGGGGUUAAUGAUAUUGCUGUAAUUUGGAAUGGUUAUUACAUGUCCAAAUGGGGUGACCUACAUUAUUUGAUAGCCUAUCUGUUUUGAAAUUCAAAUAGAAGCCAACCACUAAGGGAUGAAGUUAAGAGAAUGAUUUAUUAUGUGCCUGGGCUGUUGCCCAGUCCCUGAACCCUGACUGUCGUAUUGUUACAAACGUUUUAGAUGCUAUUUCUAGGACCAGUCAGAGUAUUUCUCAAGUUAAGCUGUAAUUCUGACUUCUCUCUCAUAGUAAAUACAACAAUUUUGCUGAUUGUAUUAGUAUCACUAAAAAUUGGCUCCAGUUGAACUAUAUGGGACAGUUGAACUACCUGCAAAGUAGUACUGAAAAAUAAUGUUCUUUUUGUACUCAUAAUGCUCAGUUUAUUCCAUUAGCCUUGCUGCUGCAGGUUGUCUCCUCUGCUUCCCUCUCCAUACUUUAUUUUUGCCAUCCAAAUCGCUGCUGUACUCCAGUUCAUGUAGUCUAUAUAAAGUCUGCCAACAAAAUUGGAAAAGUCCUCACUGAUUUCAAAAUCUGAAACAUAGUUAGCAGAGCAAGGAGAGGGAAGCAGAGGCACAACCUGUAGCAACAAGCUUGACAGACUAAAGACGGUUUUGAAUCCAAAAAAGAAAAAGCAUUUAUGGGUGAUUGUCAGCACUUCUUUGGCUCAGUUACACAGUAUUGUUCAACUGGGGCCUGGUAUAUAGCGCCAUGUUUCUCAAUACUAAUGCAAAAUUAGUGAAAUUAUAUUUAGGCUACAGACAGACAGACACCAAGGUAGAGAAGUCAGAAAUGUAGCCUUAUUAAAAAAAAAACAAAAAUCAAAUUAUCCUUUUAAUACUGUCAUUCUGAUGCUCCUGCAUGCAGAGCUGUGUUUUGCCAUUAGAUUUUUACUUUGUGAAACAGUGGGGAAAACAACAAUCUACACUAGGCUAAUUGAUACACAACAAAUUAAGCCCACCAUUUAUUUAACUGUAAAUCAGCAGUUGUGUUUGCAACUUCUUUGGCACUGUUGCAAGAAAACGACAAACCUUGGCAAGAAAGGCUGUUUAUCAUGCCUUUUUUUGUUGUUGUUCUCUUUUAAUGAUGCGUGCAUCCCAGGUCUUGAAAACCAUGACGAUCAAUUAAUAUUUGAUUUAAGAAUUUGGUGCCUUAUCCACAAUAAUCUGCAGGUCAGCAGGUGGUUUUCUUUAAGAAAAAAAAAAUAUUAUUUACACUUUAUUGCUACAUGCUGCCUCUGUUUGCCUCUACCGAAUUAAUUGAAUGAAAAGAUAAAUGCUCAAGCAGCAACUACAGGGCAUUUCAUCAGCCAUGUAUGGCUAACUGUGGGAGUUGAUGGUGUGUGGAUAUUAAAGUUAUAAUCACAAACAAAAUCCACCAGUGUGAUUUAAUAACAAGACAGUUCCAUUGGUGGUGCAAACAGUGUUUUCUAAAACUCAGAAUUAAUGCACGUAUGCCUUUUUGUGGUGAAUACACACCAAGUUUUAUUCAUGAGGCCUCAGGACCUAAGUUUACAUCUUAUAUACCCAGAGACAUCACAUUACAUAUCUCUGGCAGUUCACUUGAAAAGGGUGUUCUUCUAUGCAAGGCACCAAGUGCACUAUGUUCUACCCUUCAAAGUAAAGAAGUGAUCAUUUGGACUAAGAGGUUCUUUGAACUAGGUGAAGGAACUGGGAUUCUCAACGUGUGCCUGCGCUGCAUCUGUCAUCUAUUCGGGGUGGGGGGUGGGGGUGUUUUUGUGCUAUCAGGGCUACAGAUAGCAGUAUGAAGACAGCCACUUGCUCAAAACAGCGAGUUUGCAUCUAUUUUGAAUUAAUGUGUCAUUUUGAAUUAAUGUGCUUUUUCCCCUCUGAAAGCAAUUUAUUUUGGGAAUGUUAAUAUGGAGAAAAUAUCUAUUUUUUUUUUCCUGUCCGCAUUAAACAAGGAUAGUAAGCAGUAUUUUUUUUUUUUUUUAAACUUUGGAUGAAGUUACCUAAAACUACAUUGUCAUAGAAACAAUGUAACUGAAAUGUAUUUUUUGUGUGUGUAAAAUAAAUGCAUAUCAGGUCAG